AUGCAAGGCUUGAAUAUUGAAGGAAAGCAGCUGACGCACGUGAUACAUGUGGACGACUGCAUCGUCUUAGGUGAAGACAAGAUGAAACUCGAACAGAAGAUCCAGCAGAUACUGCAAGAAUCUCACGCUAUUGCGUUAGCGGUAAAAAUUCUCGAGCAAGAAACGCAAGGCAAACAGUGCCUCGUGGGCUCUGACUAUCCUUAUGGUGAAAAACUCAGAGAAGUCAACAUCUAA